CCAUUAAACAGAAUGGUGCUCCCGUCCACAAAUACUACAGCCAACUGCAGACCAUCUUUCAGGAGAUUGAUCAUCGCACCCCGAAUCGCAUGCACUGUGACGCCGACAUCACUGAGCGCCAGACUGAACUGGAUCGUCUUCGUGUUCACCUUUUCCUUGCUGGGCUCGAUCCUCAGUUUGAUCAAGUCUGGGGGGAGAUCCUACGCAAAGACCCCAAAUUGGACCUUGACCAAACUUUUGCAUAUGUACGUCGCGAAGCUCAACAACGACUGACCAUGGCCAGUACUCCAGACACUGCGGUUCUGGCCACUCAACGUCCGAGGGGCCCUCCACCCUUUAUCGGUGGCGCUUCUCAGACUCAGACCACAAGCUCUCGUCCGGAAACCAAAUGCACUCAUUGUGGUGGGAACAAACAUAAUCGUGCUCGCUGUUAUGAACUAAUUGGGUACCCGGAUUGGUGGGACCACUCCAAAGCUCCUCGCAGGAAUAAGAGCACCUCCCUUCACACAUCUUCCGUCACGGAUCCUGUAAGUCCUGCUGCUCCACCUGCACCGGCUCCUGCCUCUGCCUCUGUAGCCACAUCAGGACAUUCUCAGCAGCAAGACGAUUGGUUGUGGUACUAGGAGGGGCAAACUCUAUUAUUUGGACCUGGCAUCUGACAGUGAAGCCAGCCUCAGUCAAGCUUACAAAAUUGGGGGGACGAGUGUUGAGAAGAAAACUUC